ACAGACCAAUCUCUGCUCUUUAACCAAUUCUUUAUAUCAAUUGAAUUUUCGAAUUCAUCAAAAUAUAUCAUUUUUUGUGUCGUAAUAUUCUCUUUUUACUCGACGAAAGAGGCAAAAUCCUUUCAUGGAGUCCUGGUCUCGGUCUCAGUCUAACUCCAUCGAAGAUAUCUUCGAAUCCUCGCUAAAUCUAGAGGAUACCCAUUUCAAAGAAGGCUACGACGAAGGCUAUAGUCAUGGCUUAGUCUCAGGAAAAGAGGAGGCUCGACAAGUGGGCCUUAAGACGGGCUUCGAGGUCGGCGAGGAACUCGGCUUCUAUCGGGGCUGCGUCGACGUCUGGAACUCUGCCGUUCGAAUUGACCCGACUGGAUUCUCGGCCCGGGCUCAGAAGUCCAUCAAGCAAAUGGAAGAGUUGAUUGAGAAAUACCCGCUGUUGAAUCCGGAGGAUGAGAGUGUACAGGAGAUUAUGGACAGUUUGAGGUUGAAGUUUCGGGUUAUAAGAGCGGGUUUGGGUGUGAAAUUGGAAUACGAUGGGAGGAAAAACAUGUUGAAGUGGACACUUGCUUGCUGCAAGGUUUACAUAUCUGAAAGCCGAAAUAAGGCUGCAUUGGAGUCAAUUGAACAUGCUGCAAAGCUAUUCCCUCAAGCACCUAUUGUUAACAAGUUUGAGGAUGCAACCUACAAUAGAGUUGGAUAUACUCUUGUCUCAAGUUUGACUCCAAAACCAUCUGUAGAUUCAUGUCCAUUGAAGACUGCUGUGCUUGCCAUGGUUAAAGCUGCUUUCGAAGCUAUUGACCUUGAGUCACAUUGUGGAAGUCACCCCCGGCUAGGUGUUGUUGACCACAUUUGCUUUCAUCCUUUAGCACAUGCAUCUUCAGACCAAGCAGCAGGGAUUGCAAAGUCCUUGGCAGCAGAUGUUGGCUCUAGUCUUCAAGUCCCUACCUUCCUAUAUGGAGCUGCCAGUGAACAGGGAAGGACACUGGAUUCAAUCAGAAGAGAACUGGGUUAUUUCAAGCCAAAUUCUGGAAACCAAUGGAUAGGGGGACCAAAAUCAGAGUCCUUGCCGAUGAAACCAGAUGAAGGUCCAGCUCAAGUGACUCGAGCAAAAGGCAUAGUUGUAAUUGGAGCAAGCCAAUGGGUUGACAACUACAAUGUCCCUGUCUUCUCUACUGAUAUUGCUGCUGUUCGCAGAAUUGCAAAACAAGUCAGUGGGAGGGGAGGUGGUCUUAGUUCAGUACAAACCAUGGCUCUUGCGCAUGGUGAUGAUGUAAUUGAGGUUGCUUGUAACUUGUUGGAACCGAGUAAAGUGGGAGGAGAAAGAGUUCAGCAAGAAGUUGAGAGGCUUGCAGAGGAAGAGGGUAUGACUGCGGGGAAAGGAUAUUUUACUGAUUUCUCUGAGGAAAAUAUAAUUGAAAGUUACUUGAAGUUGAAUUCCGAAUUGUAACCACAAGAUUAAAUAUUGUAUGAGUGAAGAUAUUGUUCUUUCGAUGGAAAUUAAUUCAAGAAAUAUUGUAAUAAAAGGUAUUGUUCCAAUGAGUGUGA